AUGAAGUCGUCGAUUCACACAAAGUCGUCCUCUCCCGGACCAUCCACGAAGUCUUCCAAGGCUGUCAUCCGCACAGCAUCACCUGUGGUCCCCAGACACCAAAGCUGUGCCCUUUGCAACAGACUCUUUCAAACGAAGGCACAGUUUGUCGAACACAGUCUUGACUCCGGACAUGGAGAAGAUCGUUGUUGUCGGCCGUGUUAUCGCCUCUUCAGCACAAAGGAAGCCCUGGAAGCCCACAACCAAUCAUCCAUCCAUAAAAGAGAAGCCCGUCAGGAUACAAAGACUUCAGUCCCCCAGUCUUUGCACUUGGAGCGCUCCCUCCUUUGCAGGGGCAACAGCUACCGUCGAAUCUCGCAGCAAGAUCAGGCUGUCAUCUUCCAGACAUUGCUGUCCCACUGUCAUUCCAAGAGUACUCUACAGCGACAUGGCUAUAUCAUUGCGGAGGCUGGUGGAAAUCAGGAACAACGUGGCCGUCCCAUCGAUCAAGUGACAGGGGACGAAACUCUGCCCUUACCCCAAAGUGACCGGUCCCGCAACACCCGGAAAGCCGUCGUGCUAGACUGCGAAAUGGUGGGCAUGGAAGACGGAGCAAGCGAGCUAAUCUCGUUGGCAGCAGUCGACUUCAUCACUGGCGAGCUUAUUGUAAACUCUCUCGUCAAGCCGCGGCGGCCCGUGGUCGACUGGCGGACGCAAAUACAUGGCAUCUCGCCAGCUCGCAUGUCGAUGGCACAUGCACAGGGCCAGACUCUCGACGGAUGGCAGUCCGCGACAGCCGAGCUCUUCAGACUCGUCGACCAAGACACGGUUCUCAUCGGGCACUCCCUCCAAUAUGACCUUGCCGCCCUCCAUAUCCGGCCUGCUUGUGUGGUUGAUUCGGCAAUAUUGGCAUCAGACGCUAUAUUCCCCAAGAAAGGCAAGCCUCGUUACUGGGGUCUUGGUUUGAAGGAUAUGUGCAGCGACUUGCUCGGUCUCAAUAUCCGUGAGGGAGCACCUCUCCAUGCGAGCAACGUCCACGACGGUGUAGAGGAUGUUUUGGCUACCCGAGAAGUGGUCUUGUGCUUUCUAGAACGGCCCAGAAUGUCCAAGGCCUGGACCACAGAAAAGCGCAACACCUUUUGGAAGGGCCAAACACGCAAAGUCCCUCACGGGAAGAAUAAACCUCAAAGACGGCAGAAACCCCCUAGGCCAAACGAUGAGGACGACGAUUAUUUGUCGUAUGAGAUACUCAGGUGGGAGGAUGUGAUCGACUACGAUAUGUGGCCCAAAUCACCCCCUGACUCUGACUAG